CAUCAUGAGAAUCGGCGACACAGUCCGACGUCGAUCAGCUGUCAGAUCGUUGACAGAUCCUGCAGCGGAGGGGAACAGAUCGGAGCUUGAAUGAACCAGGAUAAGAAAGUAAGAUUACACUCAUUCAGUAUCUGCAGAUGUUGAAAUGAUGCUUUUAUUUAAACUUUAUUUAAAAAACUGUGUGUUAUAUUGAUAUAUAUUCAUGUUUGUGUUUGUCUUGUUUUCUCUGCAGAGGUUUGUUUGUUUUUAAGGACAAGAAUGUAUUUUAAUUUUAUCUCUUUUUUUUUAACUCUAUUUUUACCUCAAACUCUAAAACCAGAACAUGUUAAUUAUGCUCCUUUUUCCUGAAAUACUAACACACAAUCUGGCCCAGGAUCUGUCUCCAUGUCCACGCUGGCUCCCUCCAGUCCCACCAGCGUCACAGUGCCGGCUCUGGUCCACUUCCAGCUCGGUCUGUUCAGGGAGAUGGUUCAAGUCCCGGGGAGCAACCUGAGCUACCGGCACGCCAAGAGGCUGGCGGCGGAGAUAAUAGAGCGCAAGGUAAUCAAAGACUUCCACGGCUUAAAGGAGCAUUUCACUGUGUUGAUCUAGAUGUUUAAAUGUUGUUUAUGUUUAAAGGAUGUUUUUUUUUUUUUCUGAAGAAAGCCUCAAAAGGGAUAAAAACUGAUGAAGUGGACAGGCUAACUUUGAAAGGAGAGGUUUAUAAAGAUGUUUUGGAUUGCGUCUCGACUCGACUCGAGACUCGACUUGGACUUGAGUCCCGUUUUUGACUUGCUUGAUGAAAUCAAGAAAUGACUUGGACUCGCUCGGGACUUGAUUGCUAAAGACUUGAGACUUGACUUGACUUGAGCCCAGUGACUUGAAAGGUCAAGUCAAGUCUUUUCAAGUCACUAAUACCUUACAGCAAGUCCAAACUGUUUAAAAAGUGUCGCAUCAACUAAUAGUCAGGAAUUACGGCCGUUGGUAACGCCUUGUUGUUUUGAUAUGACUUGUUUUUGACUUGAAAGAAACGGUAAGGACUUGGUUGGGACUCGAAACAAAAAGUUCAGGACUUGGACUUGACUUGGGACUUGUCUGUGUUGACUUGGACUUGACUCGAGACUUGAGAGCAAAGGACUUGGACUUGCCUCGGACUUGAGAGCAAAGACUUGAGACUUGACUUGGACUUGCAACAUAGGGACUUUCCCCCACCUGUCAAAUCACCUAAAAGCUCCAGAAGGGGAUUUAUAGCUGGUUAUUAAAAGGGACUGACAUUAAAACAGCCGCCAAGACCAAGAGAGGUGUGAAGUUCAGUGCGAUGUUUCUAAACUCUGCUGAGCUACAGGUAAAAUAUGUUUCCUAAAAGUGGUUCAAGAACAGUCAGGGUGAGGAACGCAGCAGAAAAGACCAAAAACUGGUUUUAUUGAGCGCUCGUUGAUCUGUGAUUGAAAGUCUGCUCUUCCUCUCACCGCAGUCCCUCUUGGAAAAAGUUCAGUAGAUUUUUUUUGAGCCUCUCAAAGUCGUCCGGAAGUGGACGUGGACUCAUAAAGGUCACCCUAAAGGUGAAGGAGGACUGCGUGGGUUGACAGGCAGCUGUUCGAGAAACCACCGGGGGUGUUCCCGGUGACCGCCGAGUGUGUGCGCUUCUGUGUUUCAAGGGUGUGUGUAUCCUGUGCGCGAGACUACCGGGUCAAAUGUGUGCAUUUUAAAAACACACUUAAGUGGGUUUUAAGACCGAGGUUUCACCCAGCUCUAACCCUCAUUUCUGGACUUCUUAUAGCCAAACUUUUAGGAUGAUUUCAGGACUUCAUUAGUGAGAGAAUUGGGCGAUGAAAGGAGGAAUAAUUUCAAAUGUGCAGACAGCAGUUUGAGUGAAUUUUGUGGUUUUAAAAGAAGGUUAAACUGCAGGUGUUCUUCUCUCACUGGCCAGCUCUUCAUACAGCCUCGUCUAGUCGACCACUCAGAGACUACGUGGUCGAUGAGAGCGCAGCAGAGUUUCCAACCACAGCCUCCUCUCGCCCUCGUCUCACACACACACACACACACACACACUCACUCACUCACACACACACACACACAGACACACACACACACACUCACCUCAACUUUGAAGUUUUCUCGAGUUUCCAGGCAGCAGGUCGGCCGGCUGUGAACAAUGCGUUUGUCUGUCUCUCUCUGUGUUUGUGUAUUUUAAUGAAUCAUACUGACUCUAAGGACUCUGUUACUGCUGAGGGUCUCCCUGAUUGUUAAAGCUCCAGUGGGAAGUUUUUGACCAACUAAAACUGUUGUGAUUGGCGCACCAGUAUCCUUUCACCAGCAGAGUGCAGACCUGGAAGAGAGAGUAAGGAAUUCAGGGCUUGACACUAACUUUUCUCACAAGGAGCACAUGUUCUAAGUUGAAAAAGUAAGGAGCACACAGGUACACUUAUUACCAGGUUAUUAACAGGUAAUUACCUAGUAACGACAUGAAAUUAUCUGGUAAUUACAUGAUAACUACUAAGUCAAUACUGUCUAGCUACCAGGUAGGUAACCUUCCAUCAUCAUACAAAUUUGAAGACGAAUUACUCUGGUAUUUCCAGGAUUUUCUCCGCUUCCUGGAACCACCACUUGCGCAGUAUCAUUGUACACAUUCGGUGGGUGAGUUGCCGUGAUAACACUCGGCUCAAACAGCGUAUUGCUAUGCAAUCUUCGCACACCCACAGGCUGUAUCAAAUGUCAAUCAUAGAAAAUUAGAACCCCAAAUACAAAACAAAUCAUUUUUCUGCAGAGGUUUUGUCGGCUUUCUACCAACUUGUGGGGAACUUUUGUUUUACGUCAUUUUUGGCGCCCCCUGUGGACAGAGCAGUCUUCACUAAGCUUGUUCUUGUUAUUGAAGUCGUGUUAUCUGACAAAAAUCUAAUUCUGACAGUCAGAUGUUUAAUUUUUUUAAAGUAGUUAAUGUAAAAGUUGUAAAAACAUCGAUAAAGCUGUUAUAGAAAAAUAACCGACCUGUAUUGAGUAGAAAUUUCUAUAUUUGUGAAAACCAGGACACUUAAAAGGUAAAGGAUUAGAGAGUGGAGUCUGUUUUAUAUCACAGGCUAAACUAGUUUGAAACUCUUUUUUUUGUGUGUGUUUCAGGCUCCAGACGUCAGCAUCGUCGGCACCAGUGAAAAGAUUCUUCUGUUCAGACACCAGCCGGCCUCAGAGCUCCUCCUCUACCAUCUCACAGAGCAGGACCAGCUGCGGGAUGGAGACCUCAUUGAGGUGGUCAUCGCAGGUCAGACAGGAAGAGUCGUGUUUGGUACUGUUGUUUCGAUUUCACACUCAGGUUAUCUGAGAGGUACAGGGACAGUGGUUCUGUUUUUACACUGAUAAGAAAAGAAGAAGCUAAAUUUGAACCUUCCGGCUCAUUCUGGCUCGUCAGGUUUACUCUGAGCUCUCAGCCAUGAAAUCUGAAUCGACCGUGAAGACCACAUGAAGAGCAGCUCUACCAAAAGACUAAGACUUAAAAAUAGGACGGUUCCUUUUUUUGAGUCUGAAAUAGCAGGUUCAGUCGCACUUAUCACUUUGCACAUGCAUGUAAAAUUUCCCUCAACAGCCCAGCCUACACUGACAGUCGGUGCUGCUGCUGCUGCUCGCCUACAAUGACUGACUUUGACUGUUUAUAGCAGAUAUUUUUAAACACACAGGAAUUUGAAGACGACUGUGUCAGAUUGUCACCUUUUAAAGACGCGGGUCGUUGUUUUCUUUGUAAAUAAGAAAAACAACAAAGAUUAAACAUGUUUGAGAAAAACAAUGUUAAGAAAUGGGGACAUUUAGUGAGAUACAGAGGACAGAUUAUUGACUAAAGAGCCUCCUUACUGACAGUGAAGGUCCUGUGGUGCAUUUUAGACUUUUACCGUGGAAAAAUCUUAUCAGAACAAUAUUUUUUGUGCACAACCACCAUCCUUCUUUCUUUCUUUUGCAAAUUCACUAAAUUCAAAAAGGUGCUCUAGUCUGUCCAUUCUGUGCCACCAUAGCAACAUGGCAAUGCAAGAUGGGGUAAAAAGAUGGAAAAAAACAACAGAUUUUUGAUUUCAUGUGAUAAUACACUAACUUUAACACACUUAUGAAUAUGUUUUUCCAGUCCGAUCCCGUUUGUUCUGAAAAAAAGGUGCCAAAAAUUACAUACUGUACCUUCAAAAGAUAUUUUAAACAAUAAAAUGAAUAUUUGUAUGACUUUUAUGUUGUAUGAAAAUUUCAAAAACUAUUUACAAAGAUUUGUAGUUGGAAGUUUUUUAAGGGUGUUGAAAUUUUCACUUCACUGUCAGUAGGGGUGAGUAAGGGGGCCCUUCUGUCUGAAAAUUUUUUGAGGGUUCCAUUGAAAGUUUUAUAAAAUUUCAAAAAAAAAAUUUUUUUAAGUUUCAGUUUAAAAAGUGUGUAGAUGUUUGGAAAUAUCUCCAAAUUUCUGGGUAAAAAUUUGCAAUUUGUUUCCUUUUGUUCAAAUAAAAAAAAUUCUAAAAAAGUUUCAAGGGGCCCAAAUUUUCUGAUGGAAAAGUUCCCAAAAAUUAUUUGAAAAAUUUUACAUACUGACAUUUUUAGUGGUCUGAUAUUUUGUGUUUUUUUUGUGAGUCACGACCACAUGGUUGUUUUUUUGUGUUUCCUUUUUUUUCACUUUAGUGUGAAACAAAAAUGAAACUAAAAACUUGCUGUGUUGUUGAAAUCUGAGCUGAUGACACUUCUCGGUCUCACUCUGACAAAGUGGCGUUUUCUCUGACUCUACGUCAUCUUUCUUUCUUAAUCUGACUCAGGAUCAGCGUCGGUGACAGAGAUGAGGGUCCGUCCUCACUCUCUGGUGGUCUAUUCCUACAGGACUCCCACCUUCUGUCACCACUGUGGAGAGAUGCUGUGGGGUCUGGUCAGACAGGGUUUGAAAUGCGACGGUAAAGUUACUCUCUCACCACCUCAUACUUCUACAGCCUUAAAACUCAUGUUUUUAUAUUUUAACUUGGUCCUUCUCUCCUCUUCAGGUUGUGGGUUGGAUUUCCACAAACGCUGCGCCCUCCUGCUGCCCAACGACUGCAGCCGAGCCCGGCGUCAGGUCAGCACCAGCCUGUCCCUGUUUCCCCCCCGAAGACCCCGCACACACUCGCUCUCCAACCCGGCGGGAGGCAGUCUAGAGGAGGUACCUCUCAUGAGUCCGUAAAACGAACCUUUAAGAUCAGAUGUUUCACCCUGAUGACUCUAACCAUCCGUCCCUCACCAGAUCAGCAUGUCCAAGCCUUCAUCCAGACCCCCGUCGUGGGCAGAGCCCCCGGUGUGGCUGGAGUUCGGGUACGGGGACAGGAACAAGGCUCAGGUCCCUCACACCUUCCACAUCCACAGCUACACCAAACCCACCGUGUGCCAGUUCUGCCACCGGCUGCUCAAAGGUCUCUUCAGACAGGGGCUGCAGUGCUCAGGUGAGACAGGAUGGAGGACUUACUGCGGUCCUCUUUGACUCUACCAAAUUUGUGCCACCUUAGGGCCCUCAGAUUGCAGCUAUCGAGUAUUAGCUUGUCCCUUAUGGUCGAAUUCUUCAAACGUGAUCCCAGAAUCGUUUCUGUCGUCUUCAGAGGGUAAAUAUUUUCAGAGUUUGGACGCUUUAAUAAAGAAAAGAAAUGAUCCUGAGGUUUAUUAAACAUUUCCAGUCCGUUAUUGGCCCUGAUCAUAAAGAAUUAUUCAUGUUUUAUUACAGAGAUGAGUCACCCACUAUAUUAAAACUCGACCUUCGACUGCGCACGUUUCCAGACGCACGACUUUGACUUUGAAAAGCCAUUUGUGGAUUAAUGUUUCAAAGACAUAAACCGGCUCUGCUCGGGUGUUUUCUAUUUCUCACACGUCUUAAAGUCACCCUCAGGAAGUCACCCUUCCGUCUCUCCCUCUGUGAUCGUCCGUUUCUUUUUCAGACUGCAGGUUUAAUUGCCAUCGGCGCUGCGAGCAGCACGUCCCCAGAGACUGUCCCGGGGAGAAGAGAGGCGUCAACGGGGAAGGUGAGCAGAGCAUACCUCUACCCCCCUCAGGGUCUGGUUUCUGUUUUAGAUUUUGGACUUGUAGUUCUCCUAGAUCGUGGUCCUUUGAAAAAGCCCCCCUGCUGUGAUGUUCCCAUAACCCGGUGAUGAGUCAAACUGACUCACCUUUAGAGCUUUUGAUGGAGUCAGGACUCGUUUAGACUCAUGGAGAUUCAUCAUCAAAGAAGGAAGGGGCGAUGAUUCAGGGUUAACAAGCAGGGGCGUUUCCAGAUCCUUCUGACUGGGGGGGGCCAACCUUAAACUGCAUCAACACGGCUGGGAUCUUUUUAAUGUUCAAUUUUUAAGAGUCUUGAUCUUGGAAGUCAGAAAUUCAGAGAUGCUUGUUCAAAUUAUCAUCCUGAGGGCGGAACUAGAAAUCCAAGAUGGCUCCUUCCCAUGUCACCAGUAAAAACGCUGUAGUUUGAAUAAGAUAAGAUACUCCUUUAUUAAUCCCACAAAGGGAAAUUCCCAUUUACAGUUCAUCCUUUCCAAGAAACAUACAGUAGACAGAUGCAUACAGGGCGACAGGAACAGGAGAACUAAAUUUCCCAGCCGUCUGGUAACAGGAGACGGCCAUGGAGAGUUCUGAUCCAGAAACAAAUUUCACCAGAGAAGGAGGGUGGGGGAGGAUAGGGCCGAGCAUCAGUCUACCUAACAUCCAGCAGAGGAGAUAUAACAGCCUUCCAAGGCCGCUGUGGGGGAGCCAAUGAAGAAAACAACUGAUUUGGGACAGGCAGACUUUGUCCCAAAUCAAUUGUUAUCUAAUGAUCUUCAUUCUAAGGCUGUAGGGGACUCGCAUACAGAAAAAUUGAAAAGACAAAAAAGUUAGAUCCAUUUUGGUGUUUCUUUGAGUUCUUAGCCAGGCUGGAGAGCUUAAUGAGACACACCUGGAGCCUUUAAUCAGACACACCUGGAGCUCUUAAUUACACACACCUGGAGCCUCUUACACAGAGCAGGUAAUUAAGCCGGGGUUUUAUCCAGGAUGCUUUGUCACACAUGACGUCAUAGCAACACAAAACUAAUCCAUGUGACUCACUAUGGACCCUGACUCUGAAAUAUAGAAUAUUCUAUUAUACUCUAUUUACAUACAUAAGCCAUGGACCUACAUCAUUUACAUGAAUGGAAAUAUAUGGACUGGAGAUGGUGUUAGCUAGUAGAAACAGACAUUCACAAAAAGCAAGCCAUUUCUAAUUCUUCAUUUAAACUAAAGGGUAUGACGUGUUGUAAGGUUAAAAAUGUAUUUACAUUCACAUUGUAGAAGUGGUGGAAAUCUUGAUCAAAUGUCAUGUCAUGUGUGACAAAGCAUCCUGGGCCACACCCCGGGUUGAUUACCUGCUCUGUGUAAGAGGCUCCAGGUGUUUCCAAUUAAGGGCUCCAGGUGUGUCUAAUUAAGGGCUCCAGCCUGACUGAGAAGAACUCAAAGACACUCUGACAAUAGUCGACUGAGACCGAAACGUUUGCUGCUUAUUUGUUUGAUCCUAGUUAUAAAAUGGAUCCACUUUUUUUUGUGAAUAACUUUUUAUUGAAGCACAGCGAAUACAGCAGCAUCCGUACAAUUUUUUAAACAUAAUACUUUUAUUUACUUUUUUUACAGGUUGGUUUUUUAAAGCUCCUGUGAGUAACUUUUAGUUUAUGUCAGUUUUGGCGCCCCCCCUGUGGACAAAGCAGUCUUUGCUUAUCUUGUCCUCUACAUGCGUCAGUGGUGACUUUGGCUAAAAAGUAUCUCAUCUGCUGAUUUUGCCGAUGACUUAAAUAUCGUAAAUCUUGUUGCUUUACUUUUGGAUGUCAUGAAAAGACAUCAAAAUGAAUUUCAGUUUAUUUCAUAAACAUGAAAAAACUCCUUAUAGAAGCUUUAAUCAACAAUAACAACAACACAAAAGUGGUUUUAUGUUGAAAGAAAGCAAAAGUUGUCAUUUCUUUAGUCUUCACAGCUCUUUUUUAGUGGACCAAAAUCUUGCGUAUCGUCAACAAUUACUUAGAAAUCUAAUAUUUAUUUUCCCAUGAUGCACCUGUGCGCUCCUCAGGCGUGUAUCACAGACUCCCAGUGGACUCUGAUGACACCGAGUCGAUGCUCAGCACCACGACAACACUAGAGCUCUCUGACGAUGAGAUGUCCACUGACGGAGACCCGACCUCUGAGGCCAAGGAGGAGGAGGAGCCGGCGAGGGAGCCAAUGAGGUCAGAGGGUGUUAAUGUAUGCAGAUGAUGUCACCUUUUUAAGAGGUGACUGUGUGGGCGCACGUAAUGUCCUGAUGAUGUCAGACAUUUGACACCUGAGACACUCUCAUCCAGCGCUGUUACUCAUCACUGAAUUCAUCUCCAUGACAAGCAUGUCUCAGUGAACGAGUUGGCCUCUACUGCCCCCUAGAGGCCGUUACACAUGCAGAGAAAAGUGUUUGUUACCUCUAAACGGGCCUGUCUCUGUCUCUGUCUCUGUCUCUGUCCUCUAUCCGUCCUUCAGCCCUUGUUUCAGCAGCAACAUCCCUCUGAUGCGGCUCGUCCAGUCGGUGCAUCACACUAAGAGGAGAGCAGGUGGGAUCCUGAGGGAGGAAUGGCUGCUGCACCACACCGACACCGACACACUGGUGAGACAUACAGCGUGUCAUAAAGCUGCUCUGCUCUGUAAUCACUCCAUUUUUAACACCCAAACGAUAGAAAUUUGGUCUUUAAAAGUGUGAAAGAAUUAUCCAAAGGACAGUCUGAGCCGAUCGUAACACGAGCCGUGAGACUCUCUAUUCUCUCUUAAACCAAAUGGUCCAAUUUUCUCUUUUAUGAACUCUCUCUACCCCCUCAGAGGAAACGUCAUUACUGGAUAUUGGACUGGAAGAGCAUCACUCUCUACCAGAACGAGAGCAGCACCAAGUACUACAAGGUGAAGUUAAACUAUGAAACUAUUACAAUAACUUAUGUUGCAGGUAGGGCUGGGCGGUUUGGGAAAAAGUUUAUCAUGUUAUGUUUUUUUUCGUGUCAGACGAUAUCGAUAUAUAUCAGGGUAUAAAAAAUGGAAUUUAACAGUGGUUAUUGGUAGCAUGAUUGGUUCAGCAUGAAGGGGACCCAGGGCAACUCCCCUUUUCAUUGGCUAUUCGUACAGUCUACCAAAACAUGGUGGAAUACCGACUAUCAAAAAGCAUAUUGACCAUGUUUUACGCUGAUAUUGAAGGUCCUUUCACACUGGGAGCGUUUUUUUUCGUGCGAUUAUUUCGGAAGUCAAUAUUUUUUGUCGAACCCGUAUCCUGUCAAUACAAGCGUUCACAUCAGCAACCCGUUUUCCCGUUCUGCGAUAUUGCAGCAUUUAUUUUUUCAGAUCACGGCCGAUUUUUCUAAAGUUUCGCAUACUGUGUGUCCACUUCUGACCAAUCAGAUUUCGUGUUGUUGCGAUGUCCGAUUUACCGGUAUAUCAAACAUGGCCGACCGGCUAGCUGAUUACAUGUCGGACAAAUAUUACAAAGAUAUCGACCUGAAUGACAACAUAGCGUCGGAUUUCUCAUAUGACGAUGGUUUGUGUGCUUUAACAGUUUGCUAAACGUCUUUGUUUUAACGUUCAUCUGUGCUAGCAUAAGCUAACGGUUGUUACCAUAGUUUCAUGCGCUUAUCUCAUCGUCUCUGAUUGGCUAAUAGUGCUGACCGUUUGGCUUGAGCGUGUGAUGACGUUUCCAGCUUUUCUAGCCAAUCGGAGGCGAAGGAGGCGGGACUUUCUACCGGAAAAGUCUUCUCUGGGACGCAUCUUUUUCCUCCCGGAAAGUCGCAAAAUCGCAUUGGGCUUAAUGUGUAUAGUCAAGCGUAUCAAAAUUCGGCGGCCCCGGUGUGUAAGGACCUUUACAUGAAAAAAUCUGAUAUGUGUCACAUGUGGUUAAAAAAUCGGAAUUGACCUGCAGUGUGAACACAGCCUAAUAAAGGGCUUCUUCUUAAUAUAUGUGGUCUCAGUUUGUAUGUGGGUUAAAUAAAUCUUUAUUAACAUGUUUUUAAAGUUCUCAUGUUCCAUCUGUUUACAUGGAGGAGGCAGACUAUAACCCGUGCAUGUUUCAGCCUCGCUUUUGGGGAGCUUUUUUCGUUUUUAACUCAUUUUGAUUAACCGUAAGUAUUGAUUACAUUUCAGGAGAUCACCCUGUCCGAGGUGCUCCAGGUCCGAGGCCCCGCCCAGCUCUCUGUGCCCGUGUUGCUGGGCAACAUCGCCCACUCCUUCGAGGUGGUGACGGCCUCACUGGUUUACUGCGUGGAGGCCGGAGAGAGUGGGCCGGCCUGGGCCAGCGCCAUCCGUCAGGCGUUGAUGCCCGUGCAGAGCAGCGGAGGAAAGAGCAAGGAAGAGGAGAAGCAAGGUGAGCUGGGAAAUGUAGUUUUUUAGAGUUUAGUUUUUUUCGUUUCAAAAAUUACAAAAUAAAAUAAGUCUCAUUUUUCAAAAAAAAGUUGAGUUUUUUUGUCUCGUUGUGGUUUCAGACGAUGCGUCACACAGAGACAGUGUGGUAAGAAUCAUCUUCAGUUUUCAUCCAAUAAACUUCUCCGUUUAGUUUGUUGUGUUGUUGUUCUGGUUAAUGUGCGUUUGUGUGUUUUAGGAUAUCAGCUCAGUGUAUCAGAUCUCCACAGAUGAGGUUCUGGGCUCCGGUCAGUUUGGAGUGGUGUACGGAGGUCAGCUGAUCAGAAAGACGUUAAGUUAUCGUAGCUUCUCGGUGUCAAAGGUCGUUAACUCUUCAUUUGGGUUUUUUACUCAGGCACUCACAGGAAGACGGGUCGCUCAGUGGCGAUCAAAGUCAUCGAUAAGACUCGCUUCCCCACCAAACAAGAGAGACAGCUGAGGAACGAGGAGGCCAUCCUGCAGGUGCUGACUCAUGCUUGGACUUUUGAUGAAUCAGCGUUAUUCUCUUUAUUGGUUUAUUAUAUAUACGUGUGUGUCAGCAGAAUCUGUCUCACCUGGGAGUGGUCGUCCUGGAGGACAUGUUUGAGACGGUGCAGCACGUCUUCGUCGUCAUGGAGAAGCUCCAUGGAGACAUGUUAGAGAUGAUCCUGUCCAGUGAAAAAGGACGACUCCCUGAACGCAUCACACGCUUCCUGGUCACGCAGGUAACUCUAACGCCAAGUAUCUUUAUUGGUUAAUCGUGACCUCCUUCAUAUUUUUCAUCUUUUCUUAAUUUUUGCGUAGAUCCUCGAGGCGCUGCGGUACCUCCAUCUCAAACGCAUCGCUCACUGUGACCUGAAACCCGAGAACGUUCUUCUCGCCUCAGCUGACCCUCUCCCUCAGGUGUCUGAUCGUCUUAUUAACUCUUUCUCAGUCUAAUCUCAACAUCAACGGCGUAUUUGAAAUCUUUCUCUGUGUUGAAGGUGAAACUGUGUGACUUCGGCUUCGCCCGAAUCAUCGGAGAGAAAUCUUUCCGCCGCUCAGUUGUGGGUACGCCCGCCUAUCUGGCGCCUGAGGUGAUCAGCAGCUGUGGCUACAACCGCUCUCUAGACAUGUGGUCUGUGGGUGUCAUCAUGUACGUGAGCCUGAGUGGGACGUUCCCCUUCAACGAGGACGAGGACAUCAAACAGCAAAUCACCAACGCCGCCUUCAUGUACCCACGACAACCCUGGGCCUCCAUCUCUCUGGAGGGUACGGAUUAACUUUUUACCUUGUCAAACUUUUUAGUUUUAACACAAGAGUUUUUGAAAUCUUGUUCAUGUGGGAACAGGUUAGUGAAACCAGUCGCUAAUAUUUUAGUAAAGAUGUUCCCAUAAUUUGGGAACAAGUCGUCAUUUUUUUGGAACAAGCUGUAGGCUUUGGAGGGUUAGGGUUUUCAUCCAUUGGGAACAAGAUGUCUUUUUUUUUUUUGAAAUAACCUUGUUUUUUUGGGAGCAAGCUGUCUUUUUAGGGAACAGUUUGGAUUUUGGAAAUAAGUCGUCAUUUUUAGGGAACAAGUUGCAACUUUUAGGAAGAUAGUGUAAUUUUUGGGAACAUGCUUUAAUCUUGUGGAACAAGUUGUUAUCUCUGGUAAAAAGUUUUUAUUUUGAAGGGAACUAAUAAUUUAAAAAAAAAGAAAAGUCAUUUAUUGGGAACAAGUUGUCGUCUUAUAUAGGAACAAAUCGUCUUUUGGGAACAAGCUGUCGGGGAAGUUUUCAUCAAAUGGGAAUGAGAUGUCAAUGUUUUGGAAAUAACCUUUUGGUUUUUGGGAGCAAGCUGUCUUUUUAGGGAACAGUUUUGGAUUUUGGAAAUAAGUUGUCAUUUUUAGGGAACAAGUUACAACUCCUAGGAAGAUGGUGUAAUUUUUAGGAACAGGCUUUAACCUUGUGGAAUAAGCUAUCUCUGGUAACAAGUUUUAAUUUUGAAGGGAACUAAAUUUUGUUUGACUGAAAAAUCUUUUAUUGGGAACAAGUUGUUGUUUUUUGAGAAGAAGAUAUCUUAGGGGAAAAUUAUCUCCUUUGGGAAACAAGCUGUAAAUUCAGCUGGGGACAGGUUUUCAUAUUUGACAGCAAGAACAUUUUGGGGAACUAUUUUUAUUUACUUAUUUUUUUUCUAUUUCAUUUUUCAAUGCUUGUUCCCAACAGUUUUUCCUUUUGAGAACAAGUAAUUCUAAAAAAAAAAUUUUUCUUUUUUUUCCAUCUGCUUUUUCUGAUAUGAGAUAUGAUUUUUUUUUUUCCAUGGUUCCCUAAUUUUUUUCUUCUCCGUUGCGACGUCAAAUGCAGCUUUAAGCUAAAAUCCAACAUCUUGCACUUCCUGAAUUUCUAAAGUCUCUCAAGGUUAAAUGAAGGUUGUAUUUCACAGCACUGGAUAGCACCACUUAUGUUUAGAUGAUAAAAAACUGUUGCAUGUAAAGAAAAGUCCUGCUCAACAUGUCCUGAGUCUACUCCUUUUGGCCACUGGGGGACUCCAUAGACCACUAUUCAGUCUCUCUCUCUGUCUGUCUCUAAUUCUCUGCAGCUGUGAGUCUCAUCAACAACCUGCUGCAGGUGUCGGUCAGACGGAGGUUCAGCGUGGGGAAAGCUCUGGGACACACAUGGCUGCAGGUCAGUUACACACGUGCAGCUUAUCUUUUAAGGCCUGUCCUGUUUCCCAACAACUAAAGUCAAUAUAAAAAGGAAAUCUGGGGUCAAAUUUAAAGAGAGUCAUCCUUCAUUUUCGCUCCUCCUCCUCCUCUUCCUCCUGCAGAACUUCCAGCUGUGGUGUGACCUCCGAGAGUUUGAGCUGAAGAUGGGCUGCAGGUAUCUGACCCACCAGGGGGACGAGCAGCACUGGAUGAAGUACGCCCAGGAGAGAGGACUAAAGUUCCCGUCCAGUCUCUGCUGGUUGCUUGACAACAAUACGGACAUGUGACUCACGAAUGGAGGUCAAAGGUCGGACAGUUUGUAGUCUUUACAGCUCACAUUCAACCUCGCUGAUGAUCCUUUUUUUUACUUUAAUGUAGCAGAAAAACAAGCACAGUUAUCCUUCACUGUGUUUAUAUUAGAGAUGAUAAUAAAAACACAAACAACUUCUGUUUAGUAAUAUAAUUUUCCUUUUUUAUUCCAAGUUAUGGUUUUUAAAAUUAAACUGCGUGUUUCAGUGGAGGUGAUGGACAGGGGGGGAAGUUAAGGAUGGGGGGAGGAGGAGGAGGAGAAUGGAGCAUGGGUUAGAAAUUCAAAACCUCGUCUUCCUGCCCUGAGAGGAGUUGACCGGCACUGACGCUCAUGGCUGGAUGAUAUGAAACCCUACUUUCAUUUCUCGCUGAUGUGGUCCCACAUGUGGGUCCUGUUUCUCUCUCGCUGCUCGGCGCUGCUCCCUUUCAAGGAUUUCGCUGAUUUCCGUGCGUGGGAUCGUUCUCUCAGUUUGUCUUUCUGUCAUCGCUCUACAAUCCAGCCAUGUCCCUCUCUCUCUUUGACUUUAUUUACCCACAGUGCUUUGCUCUAAGUCGCUCUCUCUCUCUACCUGCCAUCUUCAGUGCUUUAAAAGUUGACUUGCUCCCAUUCGCGCUCCGUUUGUUUUUCCUGAGCUUAAGGCUUUAAGAUCAUCUCUGCAGGUUUUCACAGUGCUGUAGUUUCUGCGUUUCGACAUUUUAGCACCCGAGUUUUUUUUUUUUUGUGAGUUUGUGUUUCAGUGAGAUUAAGAACAAGUCAGAGACUCACAACGACAGCCUCUUCUUUUUUUUAAAACUUCAACAUUAGCAUGCAUGUGCACAAAUACACAACCAACCAAGCCAACUGACCAACCAGCUUUUUUUUUUUAUAUCACGUCUUCUUCUUUAAUUACCCUUCUACAAAAAAAAUAUGUCAUCUGGGAGAGAGAGGGGGAGAGCGGGAGGCUUCGCUCGGUAUCUCUCCCUCAUUUCCUCCCUCAUUACCUCCUUCCUGUCGAAGCAGGUGGGAUAUGUACGCUGCUUACAUAAUUCAGUGCAACACCCGGCACGUUCCUGCUUUGGUUUCUUUUCUUUUUUUUAAGGCACUCUGAAAGAAAUGAGGGGAUUCCUAAGAUCUGAGCAAAGUCUCCCACUCUCCCCCCUCUCUUUGCGGUGUUUCUGGGUGAGAAAGGAGGGAGAGGAGGAGGAGGAGAAAGAGGGAAGAAGGUGGGAGAGAGAUUUCAAAGAGGGGAAUAAUGACAAGAAGAAAGAAUAUAGAAGGACAGUGGAAGGGGUUCAAAUCGCUCUCUCCGCAGAGGAGAGGCGGCGGGAGCUGGGGAGGAGGAAGGUGAAGAGGAGCGGCUGGGUUUAUAAGUCGCUCUCCCCGUAGAGGGCGCUGGAGAAGGAGAUGUAGUCCAGGGCGCCAGGAGGGCUGUCCGCUCCGAUGUACCUGGUCAUGCGGCUGAUGCAGUACUCGGCCUGCUCGGGUGGGAGCUCCCUGCGAAGCUCGUCCACUGUGAUGUAGUUCUGGGAAAGAGAGACAAAGGGAGGUGGUUGGCUCCGCCUUCCGCCAUUGUACAGAUUUGGUGUCUGAUGGUGGUUGAAGUGACUCGUCCGCUCACCUUGUCUGAAGCCAGAAUCUUGAAGGAGGCCAUGACCUGCUCAGCAGUGUCGGUCUCGGCGGUCUCACGAGUCAUGAAGUCGAUGAAGGCCUGGAAGGUCACCACGCCCGUGUUGUUGGGGUCUACCAAGGUCAUGAUGCGAGCGAACUCCACCUCACCCUGUUGGGAAGAAAACAGCCGAGUCACGUCAUUGUCGGCUAAAACACACGACAAACAAAGAGGUGUAAUUUCCUUUCCCGCUCACCAGAUCGUAACCCAUGGAGAUGAGGCAGGCACGGAAGUCGUCUGGAUCCAUCAUGCCGUUUCUCUUCUGCGGAGGAAAAACAGAAGAGCGUUUUCACUUCACCGUUUGAGACCCGGGUCUCAGAGAAACUCAAGGACCUGUCCUCACCCUGUCGAAGUGGUUGAAGGAGGCUCUGAACUCGUUCAGCUGUUCCUGGCUGAUGCCCUUGGCGUCGCGGGUCAGGAUCUGGUUCUCCACCUCGUUGAUGGUUCUGGCGAUGGUGGUGAGCAGCUGCUCCCAGCCCACGCGCACAUGCUGCAGGAAGAGACGCAGAGGAAAUGCUUUUUAACAAGAGGAAGAGGAGGAGGAUCUGAUUACUCAGCAGCAGAGCUCUGCGUACCUCCAUGGAGUAGUUGGUGUGCUUGUUGUCGAAGAUGAGGGACUCCUGGCUGAGCUGGUGGUCGCCCUCCAGCUUGUCGAUGUUGGAUUUGUAGUUGAUGAUGUUCUGCUCGUACUGCUUCAGGCUGUUCAUCUGUUCCUCCAGAGAGCCGGAGAUGUCCACGGACACGUGACCGAUCUCCUGCAGGAGCACAGAGGGAGGAGAACACAUGAAGGACUCGUCUGGUCCUGUAUUUUUAAGUCUCUCUAAGACUCAUUCCUUCUGUACCUCCAUCUUGGUUUGAAUCCAGGGUCCAAUGAUGUUGGCCUGAGCAGCAAACUGGCGCCUCAGCCUCUCGUUGGCCUGCUGUCUGGCGACCUCCUCCUGAAGCAUUUGGUCUCUGAGGGGAACAAGGUGCUUCACCUGCAGGAGGGAGGAGUUCAUGUCACAGUCGCCCUGAUCUGAUCUACGUUUGCUCUGAUUUCAUUUCAGACAGAAAAAUCAUCUCCAUGUCUGGAUUGGACUCACAGUGUCCCACUUAGUGCUGAUGUCCUGGGAGGAGAGGUUGGUGUACGGGUUGAUUCCGGACAGCUUAAUGCCGUAGGUCUGGGCGAUCUUCAGGAUCUCGUUGUGGAUGCCCAAGGUGGCCAUGCGCUCCUUGUCGGCCUCGGGCAGAGUGGCCUUGAACUGGUCGUGAGCCGUGAUCAGACUCUGGAAGGAGGAAAAACAGAUUCUUUGUUUGUUGUAAUCAAGAUUUCUAGAUUAUUAUUUUUAGAUCUAUAGAGGAAAAAAGACACUCUAACUGUCUCCACACACCAAGCGCGAGUGAAAUCAUUCGCGCGACUGAAUUACAUGUUAAGUCAAUGCAAAGGCGCGACUAGACGCUCCUACUUCUCUGGCGGUAGGAAUGACGCGAAUUUGGCGGAAGAUGAAAAUGUCUCAAUUUAAGGGAACAUUUGCGUUGUGAUAACUAAUCAGCACAAAGGUUGCUGGGUGGCAUACGAAAACAAACGAUUGUUCACUGGUAUCUAAAAGGGAGGGCAAACUGUUCGCGCCGAAUUAUACAAUACCUUUUCUUUCAAUUACCGAAACUGGAAUAAAGAAGGAGCCAACUGGAGGUAAGUGAGUGAGGACCAGAUUACCUGGUAAAUUGUAAAAAAAACCUUGGUCUAUCACUUGAUUCCGCCGUUGAGUUGGCAGGGUUUACCAUUGAAAUUAGCAUAAACGUCUAUAAACGCGUGAAUUAAGCGAGUAAUGCUGUGUUCGAGUUACCUCGGAAGUCAGAUGUGCAAGCUGAAAAUGUCGUCACACUCGAGUUCCCAGUGUUGGUAGAUGUCGCCAUCUUGUAGCAGACUUCUGACUUCCAAGGUAACACAAACGCAGCAUAAAUACUAUUCAUUCAUGUGUCUAGAUUUGCGCGAAUUAAGCGAGUUGAUGAUUUUACUCGCGCUUGGUGUGAACGCCCCAUUACAAACACACACUGACACACUCCCACAAACACACUGCUGAGUGUACAUCUUUGUACCUGAAUCUCCUCGAUGCUGUGGACAAUGAACAUGUCCUGCAGGUCCUCCAUGGCUCCAUCCAUCCAGUUGUUGAAGGGCGCCGCCCUCUUGGCGAACUCCAGGUACAGCUGGUCGAUGGUCUCCCACAGCUUCUCCACACGCUACAGUCCCACAAACACACGGUGAUGAGACUCACAGUGGAAAUUAAGAAAAUAAAGACAGAUCUCUUCGCGGUUUUUCCUGGUGUUACCUCCAGGGCGUCCCUCCUCUUCUGGGUCAGGGUGCCCAGGUUGUCCCACUGGUCACAGAUGCCCUGGCAGCGGGCGUUGACUGUAGCAGCGUCAUGGUAGUCCAGCUCACUGGAGAAGAAGACAACGCCUUUUUUUUACUCAUGAGUAACAACGAUCAGACGACAUUUCUGGAUUUAUCGUACAUUUGUCAAAUUAACUCCUUCACAAACACACGAUUUUCAUCCUUCAUUCAAGGAGUCAUCUGACAAGCUUCUCCGUUUGAAGUGAUUAAUGAUCAUUUCUGUGGUGUGCAUUCAUAUUCAGCUUUACGGUAUUAAACCGCAUACAGCAUCAAAGAGAUGAUCUGAAAACUGAGAGUGAGGCCUGAGGAGUGGUGAGGAAUAAGGAAAAAGUGAGAUCAGAGGUUCCUGCUCUUUCAUGAAUCAUCCUUUCAUCUGUUUCAUCUCGCUCAUUAAAAUGUCCUCUCCUCAUCUGAGGCUGCUUUUGUUCACGUCCCUGUCUGCUCACGACAAAUCUGUGAUUGUCCUGACGUUCAGGAGGCUGAAAACACCACCGUGUCUCUUCUCUCUUCACUCCUUCGUCCUUCAAUCUCACAUUUUCAUUUUAUGAUCAAUUUUAAAGACUUGAUUAAACCCUAAAAAAGAAAUAAAACGGAACAAAAGUUUAGGGAUGUACUUCAGCUCCUGGGCGAUGGCAGCGAUCUGCUCCACUCUGUCCUGGUGAGCGGCAAGGUCGCUCUCGAACGCCUCGUGCUUCCUCAUCAGGGCUCUGAUUUCCAUCAGAGAGGCCGACUCGUAGUCCUUCUGGGACAGCAGGUCCUCCUUACCUGAAAGACACAAAGAGGGUUUGAUCUAGGUCUGAGUCAUCCCCACAGAUUAAGACCCUAACACCCUUCCUCUAAUCAUGUCUCUAGCCAACGACAGCCUUUAGUCGUGGUUACGGUCUUCAUCGCCUUCUGGUUUUCUCCCUACCUGAGGUCCAUGACUCAUGCAUGGCACACUUCUGCUUGAACUUCUCAGCCAGGUGGUCGAGUCUCUCCAGGCGGCGGAUCUCGGUGAGCAGCCACUCCUCGUAGCCCUUCUCCACCUGCUCCAGACCCUUCCAGGCGUUGGCGAUAUCCUGAAGGAGAGAAAAGCUUUACUGUCACCGUACGCAGAGAAGAGUUUGAACCUUUUGUCGGAUCUCUGGGUCGCAGAAGUCGCUCACCGACACCAUCUUGCCCUCAGAGGGCAUGAAGGCGGGCCUGUUGCUCAGCCUCAGCUUAGUCUGCAGGGUGUUGAAGUUGAUCUCCAGCUGGCACUUCUCCUGGACGCGGGGUGGCUUGUGGAUGCGGCGGUAGUCGCGGAAAUCCUCCAGCUUCUGCUGCAUGGCGCGCAUGGUCUGCUCGGCCACGCGGUUCUCCAGCCAGGGGAUGGUGCGACGGAUCCAUUCCAGCAGCUACAGGAGGAACGGAGAUGGAAGAAUCAGUGAAGAUAUUCGGUUUACCCUCGACUAGGGAUGUCCCGAUACGAUGUUGAUAUUGGAUAUCGGUUGAAUAUCAGCCAAAUAACAAAUAUGGAAUUAUAUCGGCCUGCAUCUAAAAUCUUAGAUAUCAGCAGUUCAUUCCAGAUUCCACUCCGGCACCUCUAGCUAGCAGCGCCUGGAUCCAGUAUGCAGAACCCAUGUGAUUACAACAACAUUGUGUACCAAGGUACUAACAAAAUAGCAAGAAGUAGGAGUGAUGUCGGCCAUGUGGAAGUAUUUUUUGUUUAAGUCCAAAAAAGACAGCUAAGUGCAAAACUUGUCAUGCACAAGUUUGUGCCAACCUUGGACCAAUAUCGGUUUGGCUCAAUACUGAAGGCUACAAUAUCGGUAUUGUAUCGGAAGUCAAAAAGUUGUAUCCGGACACCCCUACCCUCAGCUUUGAUGAAUGUUUUAGACCCACUUUGAUUAUUUUAUUUCUUCUUCCACCCGACUGGGAGUUUAUGGCUCACAUGGAAUAAGUUCAAUUUGACGAAUUUCAACAUUAGUGGUUGACGUGUGCUCUGCUCACUUCAGAGCCCCGUUACGUACAUGUGAUGAAACUUUCUGCACAUGUGGAGUCAUGUCAAGUUCAUUCACUCUGGUCUUUAUGUUUCUAUUUUCUUUAAUCCACAAAAAAGAGCUCGAAAAAUUACAGACGGUGGCUGUACUUGUUUGUUCCAACAUUUCUUCUCACAAUCCUACUUACUUUCACAGUUUUUUGGUUGUCUAGUAAUCAUACUUACAUAAAUACGGCAGAUUUGGGCUCAUUCUCAACACCAAACUGACAUCAAAUUAAAGAAAUUUGGCUUUAAAAUAUUGCAGGAUUUCAGUUAAAGUGUGAAUCUGUAUUCUCUUUUCAAAGUUCCCCUAACUCUCAGUGUUGAUUCGCCUGCAGUGGUUUUAGAGCCGUGUCACAAAAAGUCAGCAGGAGGAGGAUGAAGAAGUUUAAACUGCUGGAACAUUAAAGUGUUUCUGCAGAGGAGGAGGAGGAGGACGGAGGAGGACAGACUGAGAGUAGGAGGACUCGGUUGCAGCGGUUUCUCACCUCGCUGGCUAGCUUCUCGUACUCCUCCAUCAGCUUCUCGUUCUCCUGGUUGACGGCCAGAACCUUACAGAUACGGUUGGCAGCGGUCUCAGCCUGAGAGAGGGAGGCAGAAAAAAAAGACAAUUAGAGCACAUCGACGGCGUAGAUCAUGUCAUUUAGAAGUUCGAAAGAUCGGGUAACCUGUUCAGCUCCAGCAAAGGCGUGGUAGAAGCAGGACACGUAGGUCAUGAUGGCCUUCUCGUCGGGCUUGGGUGUGUUCACAAUAUCUAAGAGCGGAAAAAUCACAAAAAUUUAGGGAUACAGCACAUAUAAGUUCAGUUAAACUUAACUGAAACUCUGUUCUGACCUUUCAAAAUAAAAACCUGUUUAAUCGGAAAAGAUAAUCAAGUUUCUUUACUAAUUUUACUUCAUGAUUUAGUGCCACAGCUUUUAUAGCCUCACCUUCAGCAUCAAGCAUCUUGGGGAUGUCCAGGAACUUCUCUGCCACCUCGAAGGCGGUGUUCAGGUUACCGAUGGGGUCAUCCUACAGACGGACACAUUUGCUGUUUGUCAUGAAACCCUAAAAAAUUUACCUUCAGAAACCGACUGAGAUCAUAAAAGCAGAGAGGAGGGAAACAGAAGGGAUUCAUACAGUGUUUUAAAUCAGUUUUUAUGAAGAGAUACAGGCUUUGGCAGGCGAAUAAGCGUGUGGAUCUUUUCUGUUUCCUUCCUCCAUUGUGAUUUGAUCCAGCGUCAACAUUUUUUUGGACGAGUAUGAAGCUUUCCUCUUUGCUAUUUGACCGCUGAGAAAAGAAACAGCUCUGCGGAGAACGCGCAGAGUCUUCUGUUCCAAUUUGGAGAAUGGAAAAAUGAAAAUAUGGAGCUCGAAAUAUCAGAGACAGUGUUGGCAUUAAGAUCUAUUUCUCGAAGAUGUAGAUUUGAGACAAACAAAUUAAAUUAUGUGCAAUAUCAAUUGAUCUGCGGUGUCCCACAGGGGUCAGUUUUAGGUCCUCUGCUUUUUAUCCUCUGCUUGUUACCUCUUGGAAAUGUCAUCAGGAGACACAGCAUCAAAUUACUUAUCUAUGCAGAUGACAUACAGCUUUAUUUUGCCGUGUCUCCUGAUGACCCCGAAACAGUUGGUAUUAUUUGAAAACCUAACCCAAACCCGAGCCCCAACCUUAACCCUAACCCUAAACCCAACCCUUACCCCAACCCUAACCCUUUUGAAACCUAUCCCAAAUCCUAACCCCAACCCUAACCCCAACCCAACCCUAGCCCCAACCCUAACCAUAGCCCUAAUCCCAACCCAACAGUAAUACUAGCCCCAACCUUAACCCUAACUGUAGCCCUUAUCCCAACCCAACAGUAAUCCUGACCCCAACCCGAGCCCCAACCUUAACCCUAACCCUAAACCCAACCCUUACCCCAACCCUAACCCUUUUGAAACCUAUCCCAAAUCCUAACCCCAAUCCAACCCUAGCCCCAACCCUAACCAUAGCCCUAAUCCCAACCCAACAGUAAUCCUAGCCCCAACCUUAACCCUAACGGUAGCCCUAAUCCCAACCCAACACUAACCCCAACCCUAGCCCCAGCCUUAACCCUAACCCCAACCCUAGCCCCAACCCUAACCGUAGCCCUAACCCCAACCCAACACUAACCUUAACCCCAACCCUAGCCCCAAACUUAACCCUAACCCUAUUCGUAGCCCUAACCCCAACCCUAACACUAACCCUAGCCCCAACCUUACCCCUCACCCUGAACCCAACCCUAACCGUAACCCCAUCCCUAACCCUAACCCCAACCUUAACCCUAGCCCCAACCUAAACCCUAACCCCAACCCCAACCUUAACCUUAGCCCCAACCUAAACCCUAACCCCAACCCUAACCCUAGCCCCAAUUUUAACUCCAACCCUAACCCUAAUCCUUACCCAGGUUAUGGACGGUAGAGAACUUUUUACAGCUCAUGCUAACAUAGGGGAUCAAGAAGAGACAAAUGAAGCUUAAGGGGAUGAGAGGAAAUGAAAAAGACAGGAAGGACAGAGCACCUUUCUCAGUUUGGAGUAGUCAAUGAGGUCAGGUCUGUGUCUGUGGAUGAGGGCGCACAGAGCCAGGCCGUCCUUCCAACUGAGAGGAGGAAGAGGAGGAAAGAGAGAGAGGAAGAUAAGAGAGGGGAAGAUGGUAAAUGUCGAGUAAAAACAGCACAUGAAAAGAAGUAAAAAUGAGAGAAUGAGGUAAAAAAAAAAACGGGAGCAAAAAUGAAGGUGCAGUUUCUCCGGAGUGCCACAGUCUGGCGUUGUAGACUCACCUGAUGUGGAAGUUCUGCACGUUGACGUUCCUGUAGGGGGCAGUCUUCCUCUGGCACCACAGCAGCAGACCCUCCUUGGCAGAGGUCUCUGAAAAAAGACAGGGAGGAGGAUGAAGAGCAUGAAGAUACAUGAGCAUUAAUUGUACAAAAAAAAAACAAAGAUUUAAAAAGAAAAUAGACAAUCUUUGACUUGAGAGAGUGGACUGAAUAACAAAGAAAUGAAACAAAGAGCAUGAACAGAAAGCUGCUUUACACAGCACAGACAAAAACCUUAAAAAAACAGUGCUUUAAAGGUCAAGCUAGUGCAGUCAGGGGUUUGAAGACUAAAGGAAAGAGGAGGCAUUAUGACGGGGCUUAAAGGAGGCAGGUGUCAAACUAUAGUGGAGCAGGAGAUAUUGAAGAUCAGGAGCAAUAAAAGUGGAGUUAAAGAGGAUGACUUGAAGGUGAGGGUAAAAAGUGUGAGGGAGGACGGGGUAAACAAGGUCCCAGUCUUUAUAAACAAGAUUUAUUGUCGGCUGAUCGGCGGGACGACAUGAAGCUUUUAAAUAAAUGACAUGAGGAGCAGAUAAAGUUGAGGAAAGUUUGUCAGAUGUAGUUAAUCAACGGAGGAUCUUUUUUAUGAAUCCAACUCGCCGCAGUAAAUCUGGAGGCUGGCUGGCCUGAGACUGAGACUCCACUCCAAGAUGGGGCUUAUAUCAAGACAGUGUUUAAGAUCUGGAGGUUUAAUGAAGGAAAAGAGCUCGAUGAUUUAAAUUUGUUUGUUUUUUAAUUCAUUUUUAAUUUAAAAGAUCAUUUAGAAAUGCUUUUAUUCAGUCUGUAACUGUCCAAAGUUUAUAAGUUCAUAAAAAUAAAGCUGCCUCAGCAUGUAGACUAGAAAGAGCUAAAAUAACUGACAACAGAUAAAUUUACUUAUUUUAAAUAUAUUUAAAAUAUUUAUAUUUAAUAUAUGAAUAUAUUUAAAAUAAAAUGAAAUAUAUUUUAAAUAUAUAAAUAAAAAUAAAAAAUAAAUCAAAGUAAAAGCUGCCAUAGCAUGUUAAAUAGAAAGAGCUAAAGUAUUUUUAAACAAAUAAAUAAAUAAAAAUAAAAGAUGCCUAAGCAUGUAGACCAGAAUGAGCUAAAGAAAAUUAAGAAUAAAAUAAAAUAAAUAAAAAUAACAGCUGCCUUAGCGUUUUAAAUAGAAAGAGCUAAAGAAAUUUAAAUUAAAUAAAAAACAAAACAAAAGCUACCUUAGCAUGUAGACUAAAAAGAGUUAAAAAAUAAAUAAAAUUAAAUAAAUAUUUCAAAGCUGCCUCAGCAUGUUGACUAGAAAGAGCGAAAGAAAAAAAUUUAUAUAAAUAAAUAAAUAAAUAAAAGUGAAAGCUGCCUUAGCAUAAAGACUAGAAAGAGCUAAAAAAAAUCAAUUAAAAAUAAAAGCUACUUUGACACGUAGACGUAAAAGAGCUAAAGAAAAUUGAGAAUUAAAUAAAAUAAAUUAAAAUAAAAGCUGCCUCAGCAUGUAGACUAGAAAGAGCUACAGAAAAAGGGUGACAUGUCUGAGGUAUGUACAUUAUUGUUUAAAUGGUAAAGGUUUGAAGGGAGAUGUGUAAACUCAGACAUUAGUCUUGAGUCAUUUGUGCAUGUUGUUUUUUUAAACCUUAUUUUUCAGUUAUUAAAAUGCGCUGUUAUGGUUUUCAAACUGUCUGGCUGUCAAUCAGCGUGAGCUUCCAGCACACCUGGUUCUUCUUGUGCUUGGACGGAAUCUACUUUUAAGUCGGAGAUGAAAAAAAUAAAAAACAAUAACAGAAAGUUCCUCUCAGAAAUGUCAGCUCCAAAAAUAAACAUGCGAGAACACGCACCUUCCACAGAGAUGUCCUGGAUGGCGAAACGCAGGAUGAUGGUCCAGAUCAUACCAAGGGUCAUCUUCACGUUACCAUCAACAAUUUCUGAGAGAACACAAAAAAAUACACACAUAUGAUGUGAAGAUAAACACACGGCUCAUCCUAAAUCCAGCCUGUCAGCCUCCUCGGGGGUAAAAGUUCAGAGUCUGAGGACUGCUCGGCCUCUCAGAGUCCCGCUUUUGACGCUGAUUGAAUUUCACACUCAUUGCGGGCUUGAAGGGAAACUUGGCUGCAAUUAAAGUGAUGAAAAUCAAAGUUGUAGAAAAUUCACUUAACUGCUUUUGAAGAUCUGUAAUCUGGAGCUCUCGGCAACUUUUCAUGAACUCCCAGUCGGAGCUGUUUUUUCCCUGCUGAGCGUUUAUUCGGUUUGACCUCAAAGAGGCUGAGUCAAUGUGGGGGAGCUUUCCUCCUCAUCGCUGAAUCGCUCUCAGGUUCAACUUCUGCUGUGAUUGUUGUUUAGCAGAACCAGUAUGUGUAUGUUUACCUCUUCAGCUCUCCUACCGCUGUCUUCUUCAGUUUAAAGCCCUUCUCCUAAACUCAAAUUAAAGAUCUAUCUUUAGAUGAUCAUCAUGUAAAAAUUAAAGGUAUAAUUAUUGCUUAAUACGGUGACUGAAUGCAGCACACAAUCAGUAAAUUAGAGUUAAAGAGGAGUGAAAAGCAGCUGUAUCCUUGAGUUUAUUACCACUUUAGGUAAAUCCGUCACUCGUCAGACCAUCUGCUGCUUCUUAACACGUCAAAGAGAGUUUAAUUCUAAGUGACCUUGGUUCACACUGUUCGAAGAAAAGAAAGAGAAGAUGUGUCGCAGAAGAAGAGUGAUUAAAAAAAGGAGAAUUCGUGAGUCAAAGCAGGACACUCACCCUCAGCACCAAUAGACACCAGCUUGACUCCCUUGCUGCAGAUGAAGUCCAGAGCUUUGUUCACGUUGGCAAUCUUGUGGAAACGCAUCUUGCCUUUGUCGGGUUUGGGCAGCCUCUCACCUGGAAGACGAGAAAACUCAUGAAAACUCGUGUCUGUUAAUUUUCCUUUUCCUUAUUGGUUUAGUUUUCUUUAUUCUAUUCGUUGCACUUCUUGUUUACCUUUUCGGAUCUUGCCUUUAUUGCCUUUUAUUUUUGGAUAAUUCUGCCUGAUCUGACCACCUUUUUGUGUACCGACCUCUGCGACCUCUGCCUGUGUCUCAAAAACCCUGUCUGUUGGACAAACUGAUUCGUUGUCUUGCCGUUCUAACCUCCUUUCUGUGCCUUGUUUCAUAACAGAUUAUGAAAACUCAUGGCAUUAAUAUCUGUAAAUUAGAGGUUAUAAAAUUUAACCCCAGCCCAAGUCAAGUGUAUGCAGAGAAAUCAACUACUGAGACUAUAACCUGUUUUUGAAAACGCGCUUGUUUUUGGCCUUUUUUUGAAUGGGUGUGUAUGUGGCUGCCAGUGCUUUUGGAGACAGCCUCUAGUGGACACUCAAGGAACUGCAGUUUUCAGCACUUCCUUACUUCUGAAGACCAGAGGCAUCCGCUUAGUUUCAACAAACAACCCAGAGAGAUGUCAUGUUGUUCGGCUUGUUAACACAGGUGUGGCUGCUUAACCAAUCACCUCGACAGGGGAGAAAAUGGAACAUUUCUAUUGGUCAAGAUUGAAUUGUUCUUCUUUAAUUUCAGGAAGUACUGAUAGUAUAGAUGGGUUUCUGUGCGAUGUCAUCACAGGUAUGCGCGCAGCCUUGGGGCAGAAAGUGGGACAUUUCUUAUUUGUUUACUAGCGGAGUCGACGAAGAAAGAAAACGACAAGUAGCUAUUGUGCUGUAAACUGCACGAAUCGGCAAAACAAACCAUCGGCGAACAUUACGACCCUGCUCCUGAUAUUAGAAACAUCGAAAACAACGUUACAACCUGGUAAAUCGAGCAACAUUCAUGGGCAUUUCAGCAACAAAGCGAUUUUUCAAUGAAAUGACAUUUUAUUCCAAUUGUGUCGGGGAGGACUUGUAAACAAUACAUUGAUAUCAGUUCACUCUGGAGCAGGCUUUUGCCUCAUGGUUGCGCGCACCUAGUAUUGUUUGAACAAGAAACCCGUCUAUUUGGUGUUGUAAAAAGAAAGGCAAAAAAAAGUUAAACUGCUUUAUGAUCGACGGCAAAAACCUUUAAGGUACAUGACAGUUAUUCUGAUGGGCGAGCAAAACCUUGUCAAAAAUAUGAUAGAAAUGAAAACUGCAUCUUUUUCUACUUCUAGAAUGUUUUAUAUUGAUAUCAGGAAUUGUAUGAAUACAGAUCAUCAGCUGUUAGUAUAAAAGAAGUCAACAGAAACUGUGA